CUGGCGGAACGCGGCAGGCGGUGCGCGAGCCCGGCGCUAACCAGCGCUGCGCGGACUACCACUCCCGUGGUGCACCGCGCCGCCACGGGCAGGCAGUGACUUUGGCUCCCGUGAUGCACGGGACGGGUGGGAAGAGUCGGCGACUUCAACUCCCGUGGUGCACCGCGCCCCUCAGCGUCACCAGGCCCUAUCCAAGCCCGGGAUGCCUUGCGCUUAAAGGGGCCGCGCCGGCGCUCGGGUAACUGGCUUAAUGGAUAAGAGAGCAGUAGAUGAGAAUUUUCUUAACUUUUUUAAGGUAUUUGGCACUAUCCCAAGUGACAUCUUCAUGAACAAGCAAAAGAGGAAGAUGUCUACAUGUAAUCAUAAUCAGCAUAACAUGUGUAUCUGAGAUGCAGAGAGCCUGUAGCAGAAGGCUUUGGACAAUUCCAAGUUAUGUUUCUCCCAACCAUAAUAAAAAGUGGACAAUGAAGGCAAUUGUAUUUAUUUCCUUAUGGACGUUGAUUUCUUUGCUUUGUUGUCAAUUAGCGAAUGCGGCGGAACAUGAUGAUGUAGUAAAGCAUGCAAUAAAGCUGCAUCGUGGGAAAGGAGCUGCUGUCACUCAGAGAAGACAGUGGGUCUCAGAAAACUGCAGAAAAUUGUCUGGGCUCCUUCGUCAGAAAAAUGUGGUCCUUAAUAAACUAAAAAAUGCAAUAAAAGCAGUGGAGAAAGACUUGAGGCUAUCAGAUGAAGAGAAAUUAUUUCGGGUACAUACAUUUGAAAUUUUCCAAAAGGAGCUAAAUGAAAGUGAAAACUCUGUCUUUCAAGCAAUCCAUGGACUGCAAAGAGCUCUUCAAGGUGAUUACAAAGAUGUUGUAAAUAUGAAAGAUAGUAGUAGACAGCGAUUGGAGGCCUUGAGGGAAGCUGCAAUUAAGGAGGAAAUGGAAUAUGUUGAGCUUCUAGCAGCAGAAAAACAUCAGGUUGAAGCCAUCAAGAAUAUGCAGCAUCAGAAUAAAAGCCUGUCCAUGCUUGAUGAAAUUCUUGAAGAUGUCAGGAAGGCAGCUGAUAGACUGGAAGAGGAAAUUGAAGAACAUGCCUUUGAUGACAACAAAUCUGUGAGAGGUGUUAACUUUGAGGCAGUUUUAAGGGUGGAAGAAGAUGAAGCAGACUCCAAGAGAAAUAUGUCAAAAAGAGAAGUGGAAGAUGAUUUAGGUCUUAGUAUGCUUAUUGAUUCCCAGAACAAUCAGUAUAUACUUACCAAGCCCAGGGAUUCAACCAUUCCUCGUGCUGAUCAUCAUUUCAUAAAGGACAUUGUGACCAUAGGGAUGUUAUCUUUGCCAUGUGGCUGGCUGUGUACAAUGAUAGGAUUGCCAACCAUGUUUGGGUACAUCAUUUGUGGAGUACUCUUGGGACCAUCGGGAUUAAACAGUAUAAAGUCUAUUGUACAGGUGGAAACAUUAGGAGAGUUUGGUGUGUUCUUCACCUUGUUCCUAGUUGGUUUGGAAUUUUCCCCUGAAAGGUUAAGAAAGGUAUGGAAGAUAUCUUUGCAAGGACCAUGCUACAUGACAGUUCUGAUGAUUGCGUUUGGCUUGUUAUGGGGACACUUACUGCAGAUAAGACCAACACAGAGCGUCUUCAUUUCUACUUGUUUGUCAUUAUCAAGCACACCCUUGGUAUCUAGAUUCCUUGCAGGGAGUGCUCGAGGAGACAAAGAAGGUGAUAUUGACUACAGUAGCGUAUUACUUGGCAUGCUGGUAAUGCAGGAUGUGCAGCUUGGUUUGUUUAUAGCUGUCAUGCCAACUCUUAUACAGGCAGGAGCCAGUACAUACUCCAGUAUUGUGAUGGAAAUACUGAGAAUACUUAUACUGAUUGGCCAAAUCCUCUUUUCCCUGGCUGCUGUCUUUCUUAUAUGUCUUGUUAUAAAGACUUAUCUCAUAGGACCAUAUUAUCGCAAAUUGCAUGCAGAAAGCAAAGGAAAUAAAGAAAUCCUCAUUCUGGGAAUAUCUGCUUUCAUCUUUCUUAUGUUAACGAUUACAGAGCUUUUGGAUGUUUCAAUGGAAUUGGGAUGCUUCUUAGCUGGCGCACUGAUCUCUUCUCAGGGACACAUGGUUACUGAAGAGAUCAUGUCCUGUAUUGAACCAAUAAGGGACUUUCUUGCCAUCAUUUUCUUUGCAUCUAUAGGGCUUCAUGUUUUCCCCACAUUUGUAAUAUAUGAACUCACCAUCUUGCUAUUUCUUACGCUGUCAGUUGUCAUAAUGAAGUUUGUUUUGGCAGUGCUUGUCCUUUCUCUGAUUCUUCCAAAGAGCAGCCAGUAUAUCAAGUGGAUCGUCUCAGCAGGGCUGGCGCAAGUCAGUGAGUUCUCUUUUGUUUUGGGAAGCAGAGCACGCAGAGCAGGGAUCAUUUCUCGAGAGGUCUAUCUCCUUAUCUUGAGUGUGACUACGCUAAGUCUUUUACUUGCACCUGCACUGUGGAGAGCUGGAAUUAUGAAAUGUGUACCAAGGCCAGAAAGACGCUCAAGUACCUGACAAGACUUUUAAUAAGUUAAAAAGAAAAAAGUCUUCGCAGAUAUUCUUCUCAUAGCUCAUUGUAUCUCUAUGCAGUUAGAAAGCAAGAGGGUUUGGAAUAUUUAUCUAAACAUGCACUUGGUUAUGAGCCUUAUACUGACACUACAUAAAAAAAAUGUUUGGUAUACUGAUGAUUGCACAGCUUUUACAAAAUACACUGUCAUAUUAGAAUCUGCUAGAAUAACUUUUUUGUGUUUGAUCCAAUCAGUUAUACAGAGUAGAAAAUAUUUUUAAAUACUGUAUCAUGCAAAUCACCUUGAAUAUUUUGCCUUGAUGUGCCUUUUUUAUUACAUUGAUUUGCAUCUUGUACUGUUCAUUCAUAAAAGUCUUGUUUAAAAAAAUCAAGUUAUUUUUAUGGUGCCUAUGGUACCUUCUUAAUGUAACUCUUGAGCAAUUUAAGCGUGUAAUAUUUAAGAGUUAAUAUGCUGGUUUUGCAUUGGUUGCAAAACAUUUUCAGUGGUGUGUAAAGCCUAGACAUUUUACACAAAAAUAAGGUUUAGCAGCUCUGGCAUAAAGCUUUAAGUGCUAAAAUGCAUAUUCCAAAAUGAUGCAGCCAGCAUUAUACAUUCAUACUCUGAUUUUUAUGAUAUUUUUUAAAACAUUGUAUGUAUUUUAUUUGUAUUGUAACUUUAUUUGUUCUGGCGUCUUCUAUUUAUUGACAAUAUUUCUGACCUAAAGGUUGAUUUAGGGGUGACCUGACUUCUAAUUUAUGUUUCAAGACUAAUUCCAACUGUCAACACUUUCAAUUAUUGAUUUACUGUUUUACUGAUUGUUUAUACUUUGUAUU